AAGGCGGGACCACAGCUUCCUCAGUGCAAUCUUUGGAAGGGAAAUCUGAGAGUCAUAACAUCUUAUAGCUUGGCUUGCCAUCACGGUCAUGCGGUGGGCCCGAAAUAAACUCCCUGCUUCAAAGGAAAGUGUUUCAGAACGGCCUGGCCCAGCGGCUGGAAGCUCAGGGCCAACACAGGAGGCAAACUCAGGGAGCAUGUUCUGAGUUCAGACAGUCAAGAAAAUCUUUGUUUCCUAGACCUGUGUCCCUGCCACAGAGACUCACAGGAUUUGUCACCUGCUGUGUGCCUGCUACUGCUGAGUCUCUCUUCUAGAAGGUGGAGGAGAAGUGGCCAGGAUGGCGACCGAGAUCACCACUCGGGGUAGCCAGCGUGCCAUUGGACAGGAGGAAUACAGUUUGUACAGCAGCCUGAGUGAGGAGGAGCUGCUCCAGAUGGCCAUCGAGCAGAGCCUGGCAGACAAGACUCGAGGCCCAACCCCUGCUGAGACCACUGUAUCCCCUCAGACCGACCCCCAGCCAGGCCAUUUCCACCCAUGGACCAGGUCAUCGCCUCCUGAGAGCGCACCGUCCCAAGCACCCCUGGGCUUGUUCCAAGGGGUCAUGCAGAAGUAUAGCAGCAGCCUGUUCAAGACCUCCCAGAUGGCGACUAUGGACCCUGUGCUGAAGGCCAUCAAGGAAGGGGAUGAAGAAGCCUUGAAGGUCAUGAUCAAGGACGGGAAGAAUCUGGCAGAGCCCAACAAGGAGGGCUGGCUGCCGCUGCAUGAGGCGGCCUACUAUGGCCAGCUGGGCUGCCUGAAGAUCCUGCAGAAAGCCUACCCGGGGGCCAUUGACCAGCGCACACUGCAGGAGGAGACAGCACUGUAUCUGGCCACGUGCAGGGAGCACCUGGACUGCCUCCUGAUGCUGCUACAGGCGGGGGCAGAGCCGGACAUUUCUAACAAGUCCAGGGAGACUCCACUCUACAAAGCCUGUGAGCGGAAGAAUGCAGAGGCAGUGAGAAUAUUGGUGCAAUACAACGCAGACACCAACCACCGCUGCAACCGGGGCUGGACAGCGUUGCAUGAGUCUGUCUCCCGCAAUGACCUGGAGGCCAUGGAGAUCCUGGUGAGCGGUGGGGCCAAGGUGGAGGCCAAGAAUGUCUACAGCAUCACUCCCUUGUUUGUGGCUGCCCAGAGUGGGCAGCUGGAGGCCCUGAGGUUCCUGGCCAAACAUGGAGCAGACAUCAACACGCAGGCCAGUGACAGCGCAUCGGCCCUCUACGAGGCCUGCAAGAAUGAGCACGAAGACGUGGUAGAGUUUCUUCUCUCGCAGGGCGCUGACGCCAACAAAGCCAACAAGGAUGGCCUGCUUCCUCUGCAUAUUGCCUCCAAGAAGGGCAACUACAGGAUUGUGCAGAUGCUGCUGCCCGUGACCAGCCGCACGCGAGUGCGUCGCAGCGGCAUUAGCCCGCUGCACCUGGCGGCCGAGCGCAACCACGACGCUGUGCUGGAGGUGCUGCUGGCCGCGCGCUUCGACGUGAACGCGCCUCUGGCGCCCGAGCGCUCGCGCCUCUACGAGGACCGCCGGAGUUCUGCUCUCUACUUCGCCGUGGUCAACAACAACGUGUACGCCACCGAGCUGCUGCUGCUGGCGGGUGCCGACCCCAACUGCGACAUCAUCAGCCCCCUUCUCGUGGCCAUCCGCCACGGCUGCCUGCGCACCAUGCAGCUCCUGUUGGACCAUGGCGCCAACAUCGACGCCUACAUCGCCACGCACCCCACCACCUUCCCCGCCACCAUCAUGUUUGCUAUAAAGUGCCUUUCGUUGCUCAAGUUCCUCAUGGACCUCGGCUGUGAUGGCGAGUCCUGUUUCUCCUGCAUGUACGGCAACGGGCCGCACCCGCCUCCCCAACGACUCGGCACCUUCCAUCCAGUGGACGACAAGGCACCCAGUGUGGUGCAGUUCUGCGAGCUCCUGUCGGCCCCGGAAGUGAGCCGCUGGGCUGGACCCAUCAUCGACGUGCUUCUGGACUACGUAGGCAAUGUGCAGCUGUGCUCCCGGCUGAAGGAGCACAUUGACAGCUUUGAGGACUGGGCCGUCAUCAAGGAGAAGGCAGAACCUCCAAGACCUCUGGCUCACCUCUGUCGGCUGCAGGUUCGGAAGGCCAUAGGAAAAUACCGGAUAAAACUGCUGGACACACUGCCGCUCCCAGGCCGGCUAAUCAGAUACCUGAAAUACGAAAACACACAGUAACCAGCUAGCGAGGAUAUGACUGUUUUCGUGACACCUCAGGCAGCCGGCAUCCAGACGCACCUGAGGUCAGACUGAGGCUGCCAAGUGUGCUCUUGGUUCCCUGUACGAGCUUCGCCCAAAGUGAGAGUCCGUGUGUGGAGUAGGCGAGGAACCUCCAGUUUCAAACUGUGAAUGACUCACAGACCUGCCUGUCUGCCAUUUGGCAUUGCCAGAGACCUUUGACCUGGGGCCAGGGCAGAGCUGGUCUGGGAAAGGUGGUCCAGGCAGGAAUCCUGGCCUUCAGCUGGAGAACUCUAGGAAUGAGUUCACCUGCCUGGAAUUACCUGGUCUGGCUGUAAGUCCCUCACUGGACUCUGAGCUUUCAGGCUGGGGGUGGGAAACCCUCAGUCUGAGUGCUUCAUUGUGUAAAAUAAAUGUUGCGUACUACUUUUCUGCCCUGUGACGUUCCUCCCUUCAGACUCUCCAGGCCCGAGGUUCUCAGCUGCUCCUGGGGUCUCAGCCUUGCUCCUGGCAGUAGUAGGAUUGAGCAGAGGCUAGGUAUAGGGUAUGCAGAGCCCCCUUUGUUGGGCUUUCAAAGAAAGACUCAUGAGGGUAUGUCCUUCAUGGACCAGUAGAGAGCCAUUCGGUUUCUUCUCCUAGUUCAAUCACCAUGGAAACCAGAGCUCCAUCACUAGUGGUGGAUCCAUGCCUACGAGUCCUCUUGAUACCUGGGGUUGUCUUGCACAUUCCCUGAUCCUCCUUCUCACGCCUUGUUUGCUACAGAAGUAGAAAUAGUCAGGAAAGCAAUCCAGACCUGGAGAGAUGGUGGUCUGGAGAGCACAGGAGCCCUGGCCAUCAUGUUCCUGUGAGAGAAGGUGGGAGCAGGUGUCCCGUUUGCAGGUGAGUGCUGAGGCUCGGCACGGUCAUCGCCCUUAAUCAAAGGGCUUUGAGGCCCAGAAGCUGAGACCCAGCACAUGCUGUUUUCAUUGGAGUUGCACCAGUUUUUCAAUGUUUUCUGUGCAUGAAGGGGAAAAGCCUCUUGGGCUCUGGGGGGCUAAGCAGCAUCUUGUCUAUACCCGCAAGGUCAUGAUGAGAUAGAGGUUGAGAAGGGGAAGGCACUUGCCUGAGCAUCCACAACAAAUCCCUGUGGGGUUGGUUCUAGUUUUGUGUUUGGUUGCAUCCCUUGAUGUUUCACUGGAGCAAGUCCAGAGGGAACCUUGCAUCCUCUGUCCUGGGGAUGCUUAGCCUCAAAGGUACAGAGGAAGCUGCUAAGUGUGUUCCAACUCCCAAAUAUUAAAUCUGGCCUGAGGCCUGAGUGCUUGACUGCCACUCUGGACUCCAUUGUGCCACCAAACCCAGCCAGGGUGCCUGCCUUAGAGAUGUCACACAGUAUCACAAACUGCCUUUUGGAAGUCUGGCCCUAGUCGUAACGCAUGAGCAUGAGGAUGCUCGCCCUCGUGGUAGGAGCAGGAGACUGAGCAAAAGGGAGCCCCUGUACUGGCUUCGGGUUUUGCUCGGAGCCACACCAACACAACUUGAUCUCACUCUUUCUUUGUUCUCCUCCCUCUCUGCUACUUAUUUCUUUUUCAAUGAUGGAUUCAAGCCCAGGACUUUGUGCACGUUAUCCAAGCUCUCUAUCUACCUGAGCUACAUUGUCAGCUCACGCCUUGCUCUUUGGUUGGAGGUGUAUCUCCUGCUGCCACUAAGGCUGCUUUUCCCUCUCCAAUUUCAAGUCUCCCAGAUGAGCAGUGUGCUCCCUGUAGCUGCUUCCCAUAUGAAGGAGACUGGUACCCCGGGUCCCU